CAUGAAUAUUAUUGAAGAGACGACGCCAACGUACCAGUGUUUAGCUAGGGACUAGCCGACUAGGGUUUAACCAUUUUUGUGUGCUUCACUCUCUGUAACUCGGGCCACUGUAGAUGACGAAGUUCAGGAAGCUCGGAAGACCGACGGGUCACCGUAUGUCCAUGCUCAGAACAAUGGUUUCGCAGCUGGUGAAGCACGAGCGCAUCGAAACCACUGUUGCCAAGGCAAAGGAGAUUAGGCGGCUGGCUGAUAAUAUGGUGCAGCUUGGCAAAGAGGGUUCCCUUUGUGCUGCAAGGCGCGCAGCUGCCUUUGUACGAGGAGAUGAUGUCAUUCACAAGCUAUUUACUGAACUAGCUUAUCGUUACAAGGAUAGAGCUGGUGGUUACACAAGAUUGCUUCGAACUCGCAUACGAGUUGGUGAUGCUGCACCGAUGGCCUAUAUUGAGUUUGUUGAUAGAGAAAACGAGCUUAGACAGUCAAAGCCACCUACUCCUCAACCUUCACAAAGAGCUCCAUUGGACCCGUGGACAAGAUCCCGGCUUACCAGGAACUUUGCACCCCCUAAAGAGGAAAAGGGCUCUGAGCCCGAGUUGUCAGAAUGACCAUUUCGACCAUCAUUUGAAGAUUUUGUUCUCCAUUUUCUCCUAACAUGCAACCUCAGUUUUUCCUACAUUUUUGCCACAAACAGAGUUCUCAGUUCCUCAAUUUCAUGCACCAGCAGCAAAGCUACCGAAGGCAUUGCUUUCUUUCAAACACGCGUCAAUGUGUUCUUUCUCUUGUUCAUGCUGGUGUCCAUUAGUGAAACUGAUGUACAAAAUGAAGGGUCUCGAAAAUUUUCAAUUCAUAUAGACCAUGUCAGCAUGUAAACUCUUUUCUUACAAUAAUGUUGUGGUGGUAUGGUGCAGAAGUCUUGGUGAUUGAAAAAUACACAUUGGUCUUA